AUGUCAGUUAUAAAUGACCUUGGUAUUACCAUUUCCUGGGCUUCGAAGAAGGUUCAAGAGCUCCAGUCGUUUGAUGCACAGACGUGCGCGCUCCUCAUACGAGUUUUUCGCGAAAUCAGUCGUCUCGAAAUUUGGUGUCAAUCCAUGGGCUAUAUCCUCGAUUCUUCAAACGGAACCAUUACUCAAGAUUCCUCCAGUGACCAGCGUCGGUUUGAUAUGGGAAAUCGACAGGACCUAUUCUUUCUUCAAAUGACACUGUCAACUUCACAAGGCCUGAUCAAAAUAAUCAUCCAGCUAUUCCAAUGCAUAGGACUUGUAGACUUACAAAAGGUUCAGGAGUUCAGCAUCGAUCUUGCACAAGGCACCGGAACAGCUACGGCCAUCGCCGGACAAGAUAUCGAGAUGGGCUACUUUGGCCAGCCCCCGACUUAUGAGUUAAUGAUGGGGGCAUUGAGAAGAAAAAAGACUUGUAUGCCGACCCAAACAAGUCUCGGAAAAAGUAGUUGA